CUCUUCUCUUCCACUAGAAAACUUCAUUCAAACAACCAAAAUGGUCCAAAACAAUCUCCAAAGAAAUGUGGCACGACGAGAGAUUUGCACUUCGGUUGCAAUUAAGUCGUUGCCGAAUCCCGAAGUCAUCUUACUAGCUCGCCAGGCAGGGUACGACAGCGUGUUCAUUGACCUCGAACACUCCACGCUUUCAAUCAGCGACGCCAGCACAUUGUGCACUACAGCACUGCAAGCCGAAAUCUCCCCAUUCGUUCGAGUCCCGCGAAGUUGUGGGAGCGGUUUUGUCCAACGAGUUCUUGAUGGAGGUGCGGUAGGCAUCGUUUAUCCCCAUAUCAACACAAAAGAUGAAGCCAGAGCAGCGGUAGCGAUGACCAAAUUCCCUCCGCUUGGGACGCGGUCUCUUACGGCGGCUCUCCCUCACUUUCUUUACAAGCAAGUGGAAGCAAAAGAGGUGGUCACACAGCUGAACGAAACCGGAUCAAUGGUCUUUGCCAUGAUUGAAACAUCAGAAGCUGUAAGCAACGCAUAUGAUAUCGCCACGGUCCACGGCGUAGACGUGCUACUGCUCGGGGCGAAUGAUCUGUCACUCGAAAUGGGUAUACUAGGCGAGUGGGAACAUCCCACAUUCCAGGUCGCCUUGCGUCAGGUCUCGCAUGCUUGUGAAGCGAAUGGUAAGAUCUUUGGGAUCUCCGGUAUAUAUUCUAAGCCGGAUAUUGUCCGGUGGGUAAUUCAUGAGUUAGGAGCGAAGUAUAUUCUCGGACAUUCGGACUUAGGUCUCUUGCUAAUAGCUAUGCGGAAGAACGUAGAGACAUUACGAAUAUUGUAAUUAGAUUAAAUUAUAAUAAUAAUAUUAGUUUUAAUAUAAAGGCUAGUAAGAAAGAAUAAAAAGAGAGCACAAAGUUAAAAAAAUAUAAUAAUAUAAUAAGUUAUUUUAUUUAUAAUUAAGUCUAUAGCUAUAAAUAUAGAAAAGAUAAAGUAUAUAUAAAAUAUACAUUAGGUUAUAUCUUAAUUAUAAU